UGUGGAUAUGUCCAUAUAUGUGACGAUGAAACAAAUUUGAAGGCACAUUUCAAUCGAACUGAUUUCAAUGUGGAUCGUUUCGUUAACCUUGCUCGUCGUCGUGCUACACUCGCGCAGAUUCACAACGAUCUACGGGUCUAUUUGAAAGUAGUGCAAAAUGCAAUGAUCGAAUUGAUCAACGAUGACUAUGCAGAUUUUGUGAACCUCUCUUCGAAUUUAGUUGGACUCAAAGAAACAAUCGACAAACUGAACAAAGAUAUUGAGUCGAUUUGGUCAGAUCUGAGCGGAAGUACGCACGACGUGAUGCAAACAGCUGAAGCAAUUGAUCAACAGGCAAACGAAUUGGCCGAUUGUCGCACGGCACAAAUGGAUCUCAGUUCCAAAAUCUCUCUGAUUUUAGCACUCGAGAGGCUUGCCGACAGAAUUGCUUCAAGACCAGAUACCGUUGAUUCGUUUUGGCUUGGCGGUCUCUCGGAUGCAGUUGUAGAUAUGGAAUUAUGGUUUAGAAAAUUGUCGAAACCCGAAGAUCAGUUGUGUGAAGCGCGGAAUGCGUGCAUUCGGCAUGUUCAAAGAAUAGUUGAGGAAUUGCUGGUGGACGAUUUGAAGGCGGAUUGCUUAAAUACGGGACGGUUAUUGGGUAUAUUGACACUCAUUAGCGGUAUCGACUCAGCAUCAAGUCGAAUCAUGACCGAGGUUAUUGAUCCAAAAGUUGAGAAAUCCUUCGAUGAUUUAGGAUUGUUCCUUGAAAAUAUUUUGGCGAAAGUGAACGAGCUGCGAGAGGAAUGGUCAUCGAAACUGAUCAAAAACGCAAUGCGCGUUUCAACAAUUACACCGUUCUUGGACAAAUGCCUCCUCACAUAUAUUGUUUCGAUGCUGGAUUCACAUUUCGGUUCAGUGUUAGUGCCAAUCGACAAUCGACUUUUUCAUCGAUGUUAUUCUCGAGUUUGUGAAUUCAUCAGAGACUGGCCUGAUGCGGUCAUUUCUCGAACGAUUCUGAAAAUGAUACGUGAUCGAUUCAAUCUGAUCGUUUACUUCAAACUGCAAACGAAUAAUUUGUUGACGAAAAUGAAUGAUAACAAGGAGCCGAGUGCGUUCAAACUCAUCACCGCCGCCACAUCAGUUGAGCGAUCGUCUGAAUCAGAAAAGAAUCAAAUCACCUCUGAUGGAAAUCAUCCCAGAAUGCGAUCGUUUUCAUUGGACGACGAUGAAGUGAAACUCCACUGUGAAUAUUCCGCGAUAUUUGUGGAUUCACUAACGUCACUGUGGAGAGAUGAUUUUUAUUUAGCGUCUAUACUGGAUAAGUUAUGGGAUUUGUCGAUGAAAUUAUUGGAGAAAUAUUCGACGUGGUUGGAUGCAUUGAUAAAAUUCUUUGAAAAUGAUGAGAAUAAAAUUGACGAAUACGAUGGUUGGCGUAUCUUAUGUGCUGUUUAUGGAGAUUGUUUGACGAUUGAUACGCGUAUUUUUGAUAUUGCACUCACGUCGAUAUGGCCAAAAAUUCGUGAAGUUGGGCUAGAUGUGACGAUGUUUGGUCAGUGUCUGUCGGCAUUCUCAUCGCGCAUCACCGUGAAACGAACGCAGUUGGAGAACAUAAUUGUUCGCAAUAUCGUCGCGUUGUUAAAUAAGGCAAUGGAAGGUGUGUCGGAUAUUCCGAGGCACUAUCGCUGGACGAAAAAGCCACAUCCGACGGAAGUAUCAUUGUACAUGAAUGAAGCAUUUGCAAUUUUUAACGCUUUUAAGGAGGAAGUCGGUUCACGAAGUUGGGGUGAUGAAGAAAUUGAGAACGUUUCAAAACGAAUCCUUGACGAAUCGUUGGGAGCAUUUUGUGUUAAAGCUGAACAGGUGAUUGAAUCAGUUGAGCAAACCGGCUCAAGUCUACAGCGCUUCAAGCGCAAAACGGGAACGGGUGCAGGUGCGGGAAGCGAUCAGGUGAACGCGGCCGAUACGGAUGAGGGUAAAAUCAGAAGUCAGUUAAUGUUGGAUCUGAAUUUGUGUCAAACGAAUGCAGCCGGGUUGGAUUUGGACACAUCACGGAUCAAUGAGUUGAUCAUCCGUGCCGGUUUAACAACCAAGUCACCAACUGACAACAUUAUCAAAUCAGGACCAAUUCACUCGUUACCCGACAUGAGCAUUGUUAAGGAUUAG